GUCAAGAAGCCGUUCGGGCUUCAGCUAACAUUUCGUUAGCGUGCUUAUUUUUUUCCUUUUUCUGGAUAAAAACAUGGCGACGGCAUUGCAGCAAGUGCUGGAGAAGAAUGAGAUCAGCAGACUGACCAAAGCUGCUCAGAACAAACUCGAGAGAUUUCUCACGGGCAAACAGACGGAGCUGGAGGCGCUGAAGACCAGCCAUGAGAGCUUUAAAGCGGACUGCGAGCAACAGUCAGCCAGCACUGAGAGGAAAAUUCUGGAGCUGCAGGAACAGCUCGUGUCCCACAGUAAAGAAAGUGAGACUCUCAAAGAAGAGAACUGCCGACUCGCUGAAGAACUCAAGAAACUAAAAGCAGCUGAUGAUGAAGAGGAAACAUUGCAGCAGGAUAAACCUCCAAAAGCUAAAUAUGAGAUUGAGGCAGAAAACAGAGAGUUCUCCCGCUUGCUCGAGAAGAAAUCGAGAGAGAUGGAAAAUCUCACAGAGGAUCUUAAGCGUGUCAGUGAGAAACUGGAGGAAACCAACACAGUGAAGAUGGAGCUUCAGAUGAAACUGGAUGAGCUUCAGUCAUCGGAACUCUCUAUUCAGCACCUGGAGAAGCGAAUGGAGCAAGAAAAGGAGCUUCUUCAGAACCAGAAUACAUGGCUGAACUCCGAGUUAAAAAGCAAAACGGAUGAGCUUUUCACAGUGACUAAAGAGAAGGGUAAAGAGAUCCUCCAACUUAGAUGCUCUUUAGAGAGCAAGACUGAUGAGGUAACCAGGCUUCAGGAUGAAGUCCAGACACUCAAGAAAACAAGUGAAAACUUGCAGAAGACCACGGAGGAUUUCAUGAGCAAACUAAAGGAGGAAAAAGAUCAGCGUAUUGCCAUGGAGGAAAAAUAUCGCAAUGAGCUGAAUGCCAACACAAGACUCUGCAACUUAUACAAGAACGCAGCGGGCGACUCUGAAACUAAGAACGCAGAACUCAACAGAGGUGUGGAGGAGCUUACCAAACUGCUUAAGCAGGCACAGGAAUCUAACAAAAUUACUGAGAAGAAACUAUCCGAGUUGGAGAACUCCCAGGGUAAAGUCGAGGCUGAGCUGCAGGAGAAGAUCAAAAAUUUGGAGAAAGAGGUGGAGAACGCCAACAAACACCUUGCAGACUUCAAGCGGAGAGGAGUUCCAGCUCUCACUGAAGAGGAUCUGACCAAAAUGUCUCCAACUGCAGCUGUAGUGGCCAAGAUUGUGAAACCUGGCAUGAAGCUUAUGGAGCUGUAUAAUGCGUUCGUGGAGGCUCAGGACCACCUGCAACUGGAGAAGUUGGAGAACCGACGUAUUAACAAGGCACUAAAUGAGGUCAAAUCAGAGGUGGAGCGCAAGACGUCUGCAUUAAAGAGGCAACGGGAGGACCACGAGAACACACAGAAGUCCAUGAACAGCCUCAACCUAAAACUAGAGCAAAGCAUGAAGGAGAUGAAAAAAAUACAGGAAGAAUCCAAUGAGGUAAAUAAGCGAUCCUCAUUGCUGGAGAAAGAGAAUCAGAGGGCAAGGAAACAGAUAGCAGACUUGUCUCAGCAGGUGCGUGUGUUGCUGGUGGAGCUGGAAGAGGCACGAGGCACUAAAGUGGUGCGGGAGGAGGUAAACUCUGCCGUGAGCAGCACCUCUGAGGUUCAAGGUGCACGCCAGGUGGCCUUCCGCAGUGUGGAGGAGCUCCAGCAACAAAACCAGAAUCUCCUGAUCCAAAUACGUGAGCUAGAGGAGCAACAUGAGAAGAGCACAGCUGAGGCCAAGAUUGCGAGGCAAACAGAGUUUGAGCAAAGACUAGAGAAGGUACAGAAGGAGUUGGAGCUCUUGAAGGAGCAAAGAAACCAGCAGAAGCAGGUGGCUGACUCGGCCAUGAGGCAGAGAGACAUGUACCGUGUCCUGUUACAGACAACUGGAGUCGACCUUCCUCCACAGGUCUCAGAAGGGUGUUCUGAGCCAUCUACCCCAAGCAAACCUGUCGUCCUGCCCACUCGACCUGCGAGCCAGGCUAUAGCUUCAGAAGUGGCUCAGGCCAUACAGGCUAAAGUGGCUUUCAAACAGCUGAACGAAGCCUUUGCGACCUAUAAGAAGGAAAAGGCGGAGAAUGACAGGCUUCUAAAUGAGGAGAAUGAACGACUACAGGGUCAGGUGUCUGACCUCAUCUCCCAGAAGGCUAAAGUCUCCUCUCAGCUUGAAUUUGCCUCUAAGAGGUAUGAGAUGCUACAGGAAAAUCUCAACAGCUACAGGAGAGAGAUCAGCUCCCAGCGGGAGAAGAUUCAAAAGCUCUCUGCCACAUCUCAGAAAUAUGAGCAGAUCAUCAACACCAUGACGAUGGAUCUGCGGGAAGCCAAUGAGAAACUAGCAGUAGCUGAGGUGCGAUGUGAAAACCUGCGUAAGGAGCGUGACAUUUCGAAGCAGGUGGGGAACAGACUUCACAAGGAGAAGGAGUCCAUUCUGGCUGAGCAGCGUGGACAGAACCUGCUGCUCGCCAACCUAAAGUCCAUCCAGCUAACGAUGGAGCGCUCAGAGGCCGACACAAGGCAGCACUAUGUUAAUCAGAUUUUGCAGCUAGAGAAGGAGAUUUCUCAGCUGAAGAAGAGAGUUGAACAGGAGGUAGAACAGAGGCACACUGUGGAACGAAACCAAGAUCUUCAGCUAGUGGAGGCUAAGAAGCAGUUGGCAGCUCAGAACGCUUUGCAUCAAAAGACCAAGGAGCUGCUAAAGAGCACUGAACAGCAGGUUUCUGUCUUAAGACAGCAGCUGAGCAACUUGGAAAACCAGAAUGGCAAACAGCCUGUCAAAUCAUCAUCCAGUGUUGAAACUCCUGGUGUUCCUGAGCAGGAGGUGAAGGAGUUGCGUGCACGUCUGCAGCAAACUGAGGACCAGAAUUCAGAUCUGCAAGAGCGCCUGAAGAGCGCACAGAACAACCUGGAAGAAUAUAGAAGCAUGGUGCUGAGUCUGGAAGAUUACAUCAGCAAGGACAAACAAGCACUUGAGGAGGCACGAUUAUCCAUAGAGAACCAACUGAAAGAGGCCCAGGAGCUUAACAGGCAGCUGGAGGAUCGGAUGGCUGAGGCAGAAAGGGAGAAGCAAGAGCUACACGAGGAGAAGCUCAAAGCUGUGGAGAAUGUAGAGAAACAUGUAAAAGAGUUGAAACAUAACCUGACGGAAAUGCAGACAGAACUGCAGGAUGCACUACAGAGAGCAACAUCUGCUGCAGCCAGGGAGCAGCAAGCCACACUGGAAAGCCAGCAGCAGGCUAAGCUGGCCAUGGAGGCACAGAAUAAGUAUGAACGGGAGCUAAAGCUUCAUGCGGCUGAUGUGGAGGCCCUACAGGCUGCUAAGAAACAGGCCCAAGAGGCAGCGAAGAGCAUCAAAGUGUUGGAGGAGAAGGUCCAUAUAAUUACUGGCAAGCUCCAGGAGGGCAGUACAAGUUGGGAACAGCAAGAAAAAAGUCUCAAGGAGGAGCUGGUGAAACGGGAUCAGCGUGUUGGAGACUUAGAGAAACAAAACACAAUGCUCCAUGAACAGAUUGAACAGUUAAGUGUGAAAAUGGGUGCCAUUGCUCACGAACAGGCGACCAGAGAAGGCGUCCUAAACAUUUCUUUUAAUGAGGAGGAAAAAACUCAAGAGCAGAUUCUCGAGAUCCUCAGGUUUGUGCGUCGUGAGAAAGAGAUAGCUGAGGCCCGGUUUGAGGUCGCUCAGGUAGAAACACAACGCUACCAACAGCACAUGGAGCACCUAGAGAAAGAGCUGAAGGAGGUCAAUGACAGCCUGACAGCUGAGCGAGACAAAUUACAGAUGACUACAAAGGCCAUGGCUCAGCAGGAGGAGAAACUGAAAAGGCUAGAAUGUUUGAACGCUCUAACCGAGACCAACAAGAUCCUUAAGGAGGAGAAGAACCGGUUGGAGCAGGAGCAACAGCAGAAUCGGGCUAAGUUGCUUAAGCUGGAGGCAGACAUGAGGCCUCUGCAGGAGAGCAAUGGGGAGCUCAGUGAACAGAAUGGCAUGCUGCAGGCUGAGAAGCGACUCCUAGAGGAGGAUGUUAAACGCUGGAAGAAUCGCACUCAGCAACUCGUGAAUCAACAGAAAGACAGCAGUCAGGAGGAAAGUAAGAAGCUCCAAAUGGAGAAGGAAGCCCAAAUCAAACGCGUCCAGCAGCUCACAGAGGAAACUGCUAAACUGAAGAGUGAGCUGGCCAGGGCAAACGCAUCCAUGUCUGCAUCACAAAAUCAGAGUCAGAACCUGCGAGAAAAUCUGGGGAAAGUCACCACGGAAAGAGAAAAUCUAAAGAAGGAGUUGGAAGCUAAGAAUCAAGACAUCCAGGAGAAGAUCAAAACCAUCACACAAGUCAAGAAGAUUGGGCGCCGCUACAAAACUCAGUACGAGGAGCUUAAGGCGCAGCACGACAAGAUGGUUGCAGAAUCAGCUAAUAAACCUGCACAAUUGGAUGAAGCACAGCUGGAGGCACAGCAGGCCUCAGUGCAGGAGAUCCAGAACCUGAGAACAUCUCUGAACCAGGCCCAGACUAGAACCACAGAGUUGGAGGCACAGUUGGAAAACUUGCAAAAGACUGCAGGAGAGCGUGAGGCUGAGGUGAGGAGUCUGCAGGAGCAACUCACUCAGAUUCAACCAGAGCUGACGCGUCUCCGUACGGAGCUUCAGGAGAAGAGCAUUCAGGAGGACCAGCUAAGACAGCAGGUUGCAGAGAAAGAGGAGAAGACCAAGAAAGCCAUCUUGGUAGCAAAGCAGAGACUCAACCAGCUUAACAGUGCAAAAGACAAGCUAAUCAAAGAGAAUGAGGAGAUGAAGCAGCAGAGAGAAGAGUUGGAAGUGAGGUUGAGUGCAUUGAAGUCUCAGUAUGAAGGGCGAUUAAGCCGUCAAGAACGGGAGCUGAGAGAGCUGCGUGAGCAACAGGAAAGACUUGGAGAACAACGAGAUGAGCCUCUGGAGCUGGGGACAAGCAAGGCUCAGGAGCAGCAGAGGCCAUCGGAAAGCAGACAGGUCACACUGAAGACCACACCCACUACCGACAGAGGGAGUGCUAGUACCAGUGAGCCACCUACAGCGAACAUUAAGCCCACUCCUGUAGCUGGAGCAGCCAGCAAGCCGCCUAACAUUUCAGGCAGCAAGGCCACACCAAGAGCAAGCAUCAGACCAAUGAUAACACCUGCUCCUGUUACCACAGCAACUCCUACCGCCACGGUCAUGCCCACAGCGCAGACAGAUACACAGGAAGCUCUGCAGCCGUCCGAGACUCCGGUGGAACAUGUGACCGUGUUUGGUAGUGGUUCUGUGCGUUCCACAAGUCCAAGCGUUCAGAGCACUCAGUCAAUCACACUGCAGCAGAGCCAAGCCACAGCCUUUGUUCAGCCCACCCAACAGCAGGCAAGUCAGGAGCCAGCAGCGCCCAUGGUGGAGGCAGUGCACAGCUCACAGAUGGAGAGACCAUCCACCUCUACUGCUGUGUUUGGUACAGUGUCUGCGAGUGCAGGUUCAUCUCUGCAGAAGCGUGUACGAGAGGAGGAGCUGGAAAGCACAACUGAAGUGACCGAGAGCACACAGGAUGACCUUAAUGAGCCACCUAUGCCUAAGAAGAUUCGUUUUAUCCAGAGAGUCCGCCUGGAGGAGGAUAUCGAUACAGAGGAGAGUAAUGAUGCAGAAGUUGAAGCACCUGAAGGUACUUUGGAAGCCCCAGACGCUAGUGAGGAGAGCUACAAAGUGUUAGGUGCAGAAGAGGCCCUGUCUCAGUCUGUUCCCUUGGAUCAAGUGAGUGAGUCUCAAGAAUCGACCUACGAGCACAGGCACGAUGUCAUUGUCAUAGAGACAGACAGCAACAGUGACGAAGAGGGAGGGGCAGAGGAGGCUGGACAGCAGUAUGGAGAGGAGGAGGAAGAUGAAGAUGAGGAGGGUGCGAUGGCAGAGGGAGAAGAGAGCAACGAGGGCAGUGGAGACGCCAAUGAGCCAAUUGAGGCCGAGGACACUGAGACUGCUGAGGCCACCGAGCCAGGCACUGAGAAUGAGGAGAGUCAGGGAGCAUCAGAGUCUACCCAGAAGCAUGCCGACUCUCAGAGCAGUGGUGAAGCAAGCGUCAGCACCAUGGAGCCUUCUCCUGCAGUUGAGCCUGUUCGGGAGGUGCAGCCUUCCCCCAGCACAGUUGGUACCUCCAGCAGCACCUUGUCUUCCCAGAGCCACCGACUGCCCCAGUCACCCCGCAGACCACAUCAGACACCUCCACCUCGACUCAACAUCCAUCCAGUCCCUGAGCUUGGGCCCCCACUCAUACAGAGGCAGUCAGGUCAGACUCGACGCCCAUCAACGAGCCGUGUACCCCAGCUCACACCUGGGGUAAGCAUGCAGCAACACUUCUUUGAUGAUGAUGAUCGUAUGGUUCCCAGCACUCCAACUUUAGUGGUUCCUCACCGUAAUGAUGGCUUUGCUGAGGCUAUACAUUCUCCUCAGGUUGCUGGAGUCCCUCGGUUCCGUUUCGGACCACCAGAGGACAUGAUUCCUCAGACAAGCUCGUCUCACUCUGAUCUUGGUCAGCUGGCAUCUCAGGGUGGUCUGGGCAUGUAUGAGAGUCCACUAUUUCUGGCUGCUCAUGAUGAAGAGUCUGGAGGCAGAAGUGUUCCCACCACCCCUCUGCAGGUUGCAGCUCCAGUGAGCGUUUUUGCUGAGAGUCAGCCUUCUGAUGUGGCGGAGACAGCUUCACAGUCUGUCCCUAUGGUCAGCACAUCCACCGCAGCCAUGACUGGACCAGGAGAAGCUGUUCCUGGAGACGAUGCUGAUGACGUCUUUAUGGCAGAAGCAGAAAGUGAAGGGACGAGCGGUGAGGCAUCGUUGGAGAGCCAGUCUGAACUGGAGCCUGCGCAGCCUUCUGAUGAUGCAAGCCUGCCUUCCACCAGCCAGGAGCCAACCUCCAGCUCUGCUCCAGAUACCAGCAGCAGCCAGCAGCCCAGACUUGCAGACAGAGCCCGCAGAGAAUGUGUCCAGCCCCCACGCAGAGCUCAGCUUAUCAGGAGAGGUAUUGGUUAUCCUCGGGGCCGUGGCCGAGGGUUCAGUAGAGGCACGCCCCCAUUCUGAUCACAUCUUAGUACUUGUAAAAUUUCCCACUUUCAGUUU